AUUCUGAUAGACGGAAACUUCCUCUUUUCCGCCUGGUCCUUUGUAAUUUGGUAAAGCACUCCGCCUCACUCACUCACUCCCUCACAGUCUCCUCUACUCCUUCUCCAAUGGCUGUCACCUUCUCAGAUCUCCACACUGAAGCUGGCCUCAAAUCUCUCGACGAUUUCCUUUCUUCCAAAACUUACAUUUCUGGAGAUCAAUUGACCAAGGAUGAUAUAAAGGUCUACGCAGCGGUUUUGGCCAAGCCUGGGGAUUCAUAUCCCAAUGCAAGCAGAUGGUACGACAGCGUUUCUGCCAGUCUCGCCCCAAGAUUCCCUGGAAAAGCUGUUGGUGUGAGUGUAUGCGGCAAAGGUGCCCCUGUAGAAGCUGCUCCUGCUAAGGCUCCUGCUGCUGACGAUGAUGAUGACCUAGAUCUCUUUGGUGAUGAGACAGAGGACGACAAGAAAGCAGCCGAGGAGAGGGAGGCAGCUAAAAAGGCCUCCGGCAAGAAGAAAGAGAGUGGAAAAUCUUCUGUUCUUUUAGAUGUGAAGCCUUGGGAUGAUGAGACAGACAUGAAAAAACUGGAAGAGGCUGUUCGAGGUGUUGAAAUGCCUGGUCUCUUUUGGGGUGCAUCGAAAUUGGUUCCAGUUGGUUAUGGGAUCAAGAAGUUGCAAAUAAUGCUUACCAUUGUUGAUGACCUUGUAUCCGUGGAUACCCUUAUCGAGGAGCAUCUUACAGUAGAGCCUAUCAACGAGUUUGUCCAAAGCUGUGACAUUGUUGCCUUCAACAAAAUCUAAGUACCUUUUUGUUUGCGUCAGAUUUCAAGUGUCCUUACGCUAUCAUAUGAGCUGUGUUUUUUUUUUUUUUUUUAAUUGCCACUGUUGUUUACAAUGGAUGAUGAGAGAGGAAAAAAGCUGAACAUAAUUUUCUACUAAAUAGUGUUUUUAAUAGAUGUGAUUCUAGGCUUUUUGGAUUAA